UUUCAGAAUUUGGUUUCACUGUUUAAAUGAGUCGCCUUAUCUGGAGCUUCUUGCUCAUAUGCUCUUUAUUGAGUAGAAGUAUAGAUGCAAGAGGCGGUGGAGGUCGUGGCGGCGGUGGCGGUGGUGCGCGAGGUGGUGUAGGCGGACGCGGUGGAGGUGGCAGCUUCAGAUCAGGAGGAGCCCGAUCGAGCUCCAGUAGUUUUAGGGGAGGAAGUAGUCACUAUAGCUCGAGUUUCCGGCAGAAUGUAUUCCACACCAGCUCAACUGCUAAGACAUUCGCCUAUUCUCCAAUGACUCGCACUCAUCUCAUCAUCUCACCUGCUUCUCCGAUGAUUUACGGAAACUACCAUUACUAUUGGGCAGGACAUCAUGUGAACACGACAGAAAAACCGUAUAAGUGUGAUUAUCAAAUAUCUGAUGAGGAUAUGGAAUUGAGAAAUGUAACAUUUGCAAAUGGUACAAGACCAGCAAAUAUUACUUUUGGGUGCGCAGAAUAUCAGAUCUGUUGUGGAAUGGAAUGUUGUACUGGUUUAAGUGAUUUGGAAGGAUUUAUGGUUCUUAUUGGUGCGAUACUGGUGGCAUUUCCCUUUGGGUUGCUGAUUAUUUGGAUGGAUAAAAAAGGAUAUUGUCAAGGCGACACGACUAUCACAGGAAACGAGCGUCCUAGAUCAGCUCCAGAAUUUCAAGAACUCACUCCCAGGGCUUCUAAUGCUACACACCAAGUCACCAAUUCAUAUAAGAAGUGAUGUCUCUUACAAUUAGUUACCCGUUUUUCUUUCAACCUUCUUUCUACCUCUCAUUUGAUCUUUCAAUAUUUUUCAAAUCACUGCCUCGCCAUUCUGACUCUGUUUUAUUUCUUUGUUUUCUUAUAUAUGGAUAAUCUGAAGAUGUCAUUUCUUUUGUAACUUUUGACCAACUAUCGUUGACCAAUUCUACAUAUAUUAAUAUUUUCUGAAACUCUAUGCAUUAUGGGUCAGUUAACACAUAAAGAGAAAAAGACAAUUAUUAAAAUUUUUUUAAAAUCGUUAUUUUGGGUACUCGUAAAAU